UUUUAUGUCUGGCUUGCCCAAAGGUCCACCAAAAUACCAGUAGGCCCAAACAUUUGAUCUGAUCGGGCCGUCAACUUUGCAUUCUUCGUUAUAUUUUCCCCCGUGACAAGUUGUGUUUCGUCCCAUCCCCGCUUCGUGCUUCCCUGCUGUCUCUCUUGGAUUCACUGCGCUAUAUGCGAGACGCUCCCCUUCCAUUUCGUUCUUAUUUGCUUUGUUGUCUGGUGUCAGACUCGAAGUCCUGCUGUGCUCCGCAGCUGAUGGGCACCCGAUCCCACUAAAUUUCAACCUUAAAUCCAAGAUCCAAUUGCACUCCUGGGAAGUCUCAUUUGGAUGGUACUCGCCACUAUCAGACAUAAACAAUGAAUACUACUUUUAUAAUCCUGGGCCAUUAAGAGUUAGGACAUCUCAUACAACUCAGGCUAGUCUGCAAUUGCUCAACCCGCCAUAUACAACAGAGUCAACAUAUCUCGAGCCUGAUUACCGCCUUUCAAUCAACACUGGCACAUUUUUGGAUACCUUGAAGUAUCCCACUUGAUUCGCUGAUAUAGACUCAUUGCAGUGUCCUGCACAAAAAGUGAAUGCCAGAAGUGAGGGUGAUGAAACGGGAUCAAGGACUUCUUAGCAUCAAUCAUGACGCUCAAUAUCACCAUUGGUCCUAGCCCCCACGGUUCAGACCGUUCCUCUAUAACUGAUGAAGAAGACUCUUCUGGGGUACAAGUAUCUCCAAUUUCCGAUUCUGAAAGCCACGGAUAUAACGAAUCUUAUGAAGAAUGGGCGCAUCUCACAUAUCCCGAUGAACUAAAGCCAUCCGAUUCAGCAUCACGGCCCCGGACGUCACGUCAUCCUCGCCCUCACAGUACGAUACGAGGCCCGACCUCAACUGCAAGCCGCCGACACUCAGCGAGACGACAUGUGGUACAGGAACGGGACGCGUACACCCGUCGUUCUCGCCGACAUCCUUCGCCAGAUUCGCCUGAAAGCGCCGACUCGGCGGAUGAGUACGGAGGUCCUUAUGGCCACACAGCACAAGAAAGACGAUACUGGUCAUCUAUGCCUCAGGUUCCGGGUUACGCCCGCAGCUCGUCUCCUGGGCAGUCAUACGUUUAUCCGACCGGAGCUGGUAUGCCCCACGGGCAAUUCAUGCACCCACCUGGUUUCCCCUCUCCAUCAGACCAACUUGUAAGACUUGGCCAUAAUGGUCAAGCCCCGCAGCAGACGGCGUACCCUCACUCUGUAUACGGGUAUGGUGCUCAGUUACAGCAACCUCAUGGCCCUCCCUUACCCCCGUUCUUCGUCCACGAGCAUCAUCCGGGUCAUCAUGCACACCAACUUCCGACAGCAUCCCUUGGCCGAGGAGAUGGUAACAACCCACCUCAGCGCGCAAUGUCUCAUAUGUCCGCGCAUGGUGCCCCUCCGUAUGGUGGGCCACCUUUGAGCCCUCACGAACUGGUCCCUUAUGGCCCAGGGGGUUAUUACCCUUAUAGGGAACCAUAUUCAAUGGUUCCUGGGAUGAUCCCUCCGUACUUCAACCCCUAUCCACGUGUGCCUUCUCCAAGUCAAGUCGAGUCGCCUGACUCGCCCGCCCCCGCCCCCGUUGAUACAGUAAAAGAUGAGGCUAUCGCAAGGUUGGAGAAGUUGAUAAUGGAGGAACGGACUGAACGUGAGGCCCGGGAAGCCCGGGAAGCUGCUCGACAAGCCGCAAUCGAGCAAGAGGCUGCCGAACAAGCCGCCAGGGAGGAACGUGCCGCAUAUGAAAAGAAGAUAACAGAGGAGGCUGCAGCGCGAGCUAGAGCAGAGGCCGAGCAAAAAGCCGCCGAAGAAGCCGCAAAAGCAAAGCAAGAAGCGGAAGAAGCGGCGGCGGCGGCGGCGGCAGAAGCAGCGGCAGCAGCGACAGAGGCUGCGAACGCUGCAGCGGCAGAGGCAGUCGCCGCAGCGACAGCAGCUGCAGCCGCAGCCGCAAGCCCACCUCCUCCAGAGAAGAAGAAGCCUAUAAAGUUCAAGGAUGCUAUUGGAAGGAAAUUCAGUUUUCCUUUUGACUUAUGCUGUACUUGGCAGGGGAUGGAAGAACUUAUACGUCAAGCUUUUCUUCACAUCGAGAUAAUCGGACCUCACGUUGCCGAGGGUCACUAUGACUUGAUAGGGCCCAAUGGUGAUAUAAUUCUUCCCCAGGUCUGGGAGACGGUCAUUGAGCCCGACUGGACUAUAACGAUGCACAUGUGGCCUAUACCCGAGAAGCCAAAGACUCCCGAACCUGCCGCGCCGCCUGAACCUGUUCCUCAAGAGCCGCCCCCUCCCGAGGUUCCAGAAGCGCCUUCUGAGGAAGCUGUCAUUGUACUUGAAGAGCCCAAAAAGAAGCCGGAGCCGGCAGGUUCUAAAAAAUCACGCACCAAGGCCUCUGACCCCGGCCCACUUGCAUUGUGGAUGGUUGGUGGUAACCGCUUGCGUCUCAACAAGGCUUUAAAAACGGGAAAAAAGCCUAAAGCAGUCUAUCACGGGAUCUCUUGCCGUGUCAUGUGAAGUUUCUCGGGUUUACAGUGUUGCACUCACAUAUUACAAAUCAAAGACAUCACGGAUAGCGUAUGUCGAUUUGUGUAUGCGGUCGGACUGGACUAUCUUUCGAGGAAGCAGCUCCAUCAGAUUUGGGAUAUAUUAACACUGGUAUGUGUCAGAUAUUACACCGUGGCUCACGAAGUCUAUAGAUGCUAACCGGAUCAUUGUCUCAUAGUACUUUGUGUGAAAUGUGUUGUGAAUCUCGAGCUUUCUUCACUCUUGUCUGCUUUAGACGGGGCAUGGCUUUUCCUCUCGUUCAUUCGAGAUUGGUUUCUCAUGCCCCUGGGGUUGGCUGAUGACAAUCAACCCUUUAUGUUCUUCAUGCCUCCUUCCUUCCCCCCAGCCUUUCUCUUUCCUUGUCUACUUCGGCAGUAACCUGCUAUCCGUGUCUUUGUCUGAGAACUCCACCAUCCGGUGUUUCUUAUAUCGAAUACGAACAUGUACAUAUACCCAUAGAGUAUUGCUUGUGCCCGAGUGUUUAUAUAAC